GGGUGAGGGGGAAGGAGAGAGAGCGGCAGAGAGAGUCACUGUGGGACGUGGUGUGUGUAUACAUUAGGACAAUCCGGAGCGUGGAGUGAGCGCAGUGAGGCGAGGAUGUACGAGGAGAACCUGACUUUGCACAGACCCCGCUAUGGAUCUAUUGUGGAUGAUGAAAGACUCUCUGCGGAGGAAAUGGAUGAGAGGAGACAUCAGAACAUUGCCUAUGAGUAUCUAUGCCACCUAGAGGAAGCCAAACGGUGGAUGGAAACAUGUUUGCAUGAAGAAUUGCCCCCUACCACAGAGCUUGAAGAAGGGUUGAGAAAUGGUGUUUAUCUUCUCAAACUUGCAAAGUUCUUUGCUCCUAAAUUGGUCUCCGACAGAAAGAUCUAUGACAUCGAACAAACAAGAUUCAAGCGUUCUGGACUACAUUUUCGACACACAGACAAUACAGUGCAAUGGCUCAGAGCAAUGGAGUCAGUUGGAUUACCCAAGAUCUUUUAUCCUGAGACGACAGAUGUUUACGAUCGGAAAAAUAUGCCUCGAGUGAUCUACUGCAUACAUGCUCUAAGUUUAUACCUGUUCAAACUUGGGAUAGCCCCUCAAAUCCAAGACCUGCUGGGGAAGGUGGAUUUUACUGAGGAGGAAAUAAGUAAUAUGCGUAAGGAACUGGAGAAGUAUGGAAUUCAAAUGCCAGCAUUCAGUAAAAUUGGUGGAAUUCUGGCAAACGAACUUUCAGUUGACGAAGCUGCUUUACAUGCUGCAGUAAUUGCAAUCAAUGAAGCAAUAUCUCGAGGAAAUUCUGAGGAGACCAUAAAGGCUUUAAUGAAUCCAAAUGCAGUUUUGACUAAUAUAGAAAACAGUUUGGCUCAGGAUUACCAAAAUAAAUUGUCUCAGGCCAAACAAACAAAGCAAGAGAGUGCCCGGAGCAAGAGUGAUUCUAUUAAAGCAGAAGAGAGAGAUAUGUAUGAGGAACUUCUGACACGUAUGGAGAUUCAAGACACUGUUGAUCAGGUCAAUGUGAAUAAAGGUCUACAACAAGUGAAUGAAGCCCUAGAGAAACAUGAUCAGGCUAAUUUACUGGCUGGUCUGCAAUUCCCCCCUCUAAUGCUUGUCGGAGUGAAGCAGGAGAAUUCGCCAUGGUAUCUGGAACAUUUGUAUGCUCACAGAGAACAGAAACUACAGCAAGAUAAUUUUUCAGGUAUGCUUACCAAGGAUGACCUUCAAACAGGAGUUAACCUUUCCAAUGACCAGGCUGAAGCCCAUAAACUUAAGCUUGAAGCUGUUGAAAAGAUAAAUGCUGCUAUCCGCGAUGGUGAUGCAGCCCAAACUGUGAAAGCAUUAAUGGUGCCACAGGCUCAGUUGCCUACAGUAUACUCUCAUAUGGCUGAUUUGUACCAGGUAGAACUGUCAAACCUGCAGCAACAGAAUCCUGAGGGGAACCUGACUCAUGAAGAGCUUGCUAUUGCAGUGGAGAUGUUAUCAGCAGUGGCUGCACUGAAUGAAGCGUUGGUCAUGAAUGAUGUUCAGGCUGUGGUACUGCAUCUCACCAGCUCUUCCAUUGGAGUGAGCAACCUGCAUGAUGCAAACACACAACGGUAUGCAGAUAAACUGAUACAAAUGAAGAGGCAAGCUGCAGACGAAGGACAGCAGUAUUUAAGCUGGAAUGACAUUCAAAGCUGUAUUGAAGAAAUCAAUUUGCAAGUCCAGGAAGAAAAUGAAAAGAUCAUUGCAGCUGGCCUUAUCAAUGAGAUAGUAGAUAAAGAAGAUCCUAAUAAAACACUGGAAGCAUUACUGAUGCCAACUGCUAAAUUACAGGGCGUGAAGUCCUCAAUAGCGUCCCAUUAUCAAGAUGUUCUGUGGCACACUAAGCAACAGAAGUGCAAGGUGACUCAGGAUGAUUCAGCUGUGUUGUGGUUGGAUGAGAUACAGGAAGCGAUCAUUUCUGCAAAUAAGAAUACUGAUGAUGCUCAUUGCUUGGCUGUUGCAAUUUCAGAAGUUAACUCAGCAAUUGAGAAGGGUGAUUCACAGCUGACAUUGACUACAAUACAGUCUUCCAACAUAACCACAAGAGGGCUUGUACCAGAAUGUGCUGAUAGCUAUCAGACUGAACUCUCUGAAGAAAAAAGGAAAAAGACUGGAGAUGAACCAAAUGGAAGUGUGUGGGUUAUGCACAAGAUAAAAGACAAAUAUGAAUACUACUACAACCUGAAAACUACAGAGGGCACAUGGGACAAACCAGAAAAUUUUGUGCUGAACAAUACUCAGCUGAAUAGAGAAGAAAUUCAGGAUACCACUGGCCGAGUCACAGCUGAUUACCACCGUGAGCAGCUCUGGUUAGCGAAGGAGAGUCAGAUUAUCUGUCUGCAGGCACGAGCUAGAGGUUACCUUGUAAGAAAAGCUUACAAAGAACGAUUGAGCUACCUCCACAAACAGGGACCUUCUGCCAUCCGCCUCCAGUCUUCUUGGAAAGGAUAUAAGCAAAGGAAAACUUACAAGGACCGGCUAAUGGUCCUGCAAAACAAUGUUGCAGCUAUUGUUAAGAUCCAGUCUUUUGUGAAGAUGUGGAAGACUAGAAAAGCAUAUCGUGCAAGAUGUCAGUACUUCAAAGAUCACACAAAAGAAAUAAUUAAAAUCCAGGCAUUCCUAAGAGCAAAUAAAGCUAAGGAUGACUACAAAACUCUGAUCAGUGCGGAGGAGCCCCCGCUGAAUGUUGUACGUAAAUUUGUUCACCUGCUGGAUCAGAGUGCCUUGGACUUCGAGGAGGAGCUGGAAGUUACAAGAAUAAGGGAGGAAGUUGUUACCAAAAUCCGAUCCAAUCAGCAGCUGGAGAAGGAUCUCAACCUAAUGGACAUUAAGAUUGGGCUUCUUGUGAAAAAUAGGAUAACAUUACAGGAUGUGAUUUCCCACAGCAAGAAAAUGGAUAAGAAGAACAAGGGCCAAGCUAUGGAAGUCAUUUCGGGUGACAAGCAAGGACUAAAAUCACUCAGCAAGGAAAAUAGGAAAAAACUGGAAGCAUACCAGCAUCUCUUCUACUUGCUUCAGACAAAUCCAACCUACCUAGCCAAACUGAUCUUCCAGAUGCCUCAAAACAAGUCAACUAAAUUCAUGGAUACUGUCAUCUUCUCCUUAUACAACUAUGCAUCAAACCAGCGAGAAGAAUAUCUGCUGCUAAAACUCUUUAAAACUGCUUUGGAGGAAGAAAUCAAGUCUAAGGUGGAUCAGGUUCAAGAUAUUGUCACUGGAAACCCCACGGUCAUUAAAAUGGUGGUCACCUUCAACCGUGGUGCACGUGGACAGAAUGCUCUCAGGCAGCUGCUUUCUCCUGUAGUAAAAGAAAUAAUGGAGGAUAAAACUCUCACGAUCAAUACAAACCCAGUGGAGGUAUAUAAGGCCUGGGUAAAUCAAAUGGAGAUGCAGACUGGUGAAGCCAGCAAGCUGCCAUAUGAUGUCACAGCAGAGCAGGCCUUGUCACAUACAGAAGUCAAGACAAAACUUGAAACCUCAAUGCACAACCUGCAAGCAGUUACCGAUAAGGUUCUCACGUCCAUUAGCACAUCCUUGGAUACCAUUCCUUAUGGAAUGAGGUACAUCGCCAAAGUUUUGAAGAAUUCGCUGCAUGAAAAAUUUCCUGAUUCCACUGAAGAUGAACUGCUAAAGAUUGUAGGCAAUCUUCUUUACUAUCGCUACAUGAACCCGGCCAUUGUCGCUCCUGAUGGAUUUGAUAUUAUUGAUAUGACGGCUGGUGGUCAGCUCCAUCCCGAUCAACGGCGGAACUUGGGCUCCGUGGCAAAAGUGUUGCAGCACGCUGCCUCAAAUAAACUGUUCGAAGGAGAAAAUGCACAAUUGUCAUCUAUGAAUGCCUACUUAUCACAGACUUACCAGAAAUUCAGGAAUUUUUUCCAGUUAGCCUGUGAUGUACCAGAACCAGAAGAAAAAUUUAAUAUUGAUGAGUACUCUGACAUGGUGACACUAAGCAAACCGGUUAUUUACAUCUCCAUUGAAGAAAUUAUAAACACUCACUCGCUGCUGUUAGAACACCAAGAAGCUAUUUCGCCAGAUCACAACGACCUGUUGCAUGAGUUACUGGAAGGAUUGGGAAGUGUACCUGAUGUUGAAACUCUGAUUGGGGAGGGGGCGGUUGACCCAAAUGACCCCAACAAAGAGAAUAUACUUUCCCAGCUUGCAAAGACAGGAGUCUCACUCACGCUGACCAGCAAGAUUGAGUUGCGAGAGGGGGAUGACAGAGACAUGAAGAUUCUGAUGAUAAAGACCAAACAGUUGAUUGUGGAUGUGAUCAGAUCUCAGCCAGGAGAAACGUUGACUGAAAUCCUGGAAACACCAGCCUCCUCACAACAGGAAGCCAAUCAUUUGAAUAUGGUUGAAAAACGUGCUCUACUGGAUUCCAAAGUUCCUGAAAAUGUGAAACAUAGUCAGUCCAUCCUUGAGGAUGGACAACUUCCAUUGGAACAGAAAAAACGAAAAAUCCAGAGGAACCUUCGGACGUUGGAACAGGCUGGCCUGGUCUCAUCGACAAAUAAAUACCAGGAACUAAUCAAUGAUAUUGCAAAGGAUAUUCGGAACCAACGACGGUAUCGUCAGCGUCGCAAGGCUGAACUUGUGAAACUGCAACAGACUUUGGGUGCACUUAAUUCAAAGGCCAAAUUUUAUGAAGAACAGAACAAUUAUUACAACACAUACAUUAAAACCUGUCUGGACAACUUAACAAGAAAGAAUGCCAGAAGAUCAAUAAAAUUAGAUGGAAAAGGAGAAGAAAAGGGUAACAGAAAAAUGAAACAAUCAACUUUACGCUACACAGCAGCUCGCCUGUAUGAGAAAGGGGUUAUUCUGGAAAUUGAAGGACUUCAAUCUAACCAGUUCAAGAAUGUCCUCUUUGACAUCACACCAAGUGAAGAAGUGGGAGACUUUGAAGUCAAAGCCAAGUUCAUGGGAGUAGAAAUGGAAAAGGUUCAACUUCAUUUUCAGGACCUGCUGGAGCUGCAGUAUGAAGGUGUGGCAGUCAUGAAGAUGUUUGGCAAGGCGAAAGUCAACGUCAACCUGCUAGUUUUCCUCCUGAAUAAAAAGUUCUAUGGAAAAUGAACAAUUCACACUGGCAAUUCUGACUGUCAAAUACACAUUAAGUUCUUUCCUUUUCAGUAAUUAAACAAAUAUUAUGUUCAGUCAACAGCAGAGUCGCAAAGAUAUUUAAAAUAUCUAUUGUAUUGUUUUUUUUAAGGAACACAUAUCACCGUAUUGGACCAAAUUGAUUUCUGCUGUUGUACUUUCUGCAUUAGAACCAAGCUGCCUUGGUGUUAUCAACAGUUCUCAGCUUUGAUUUCUAAUUUUAAGAGUUGAUACAGGAAAAAUAUUGUAUAAGAAAAUGGGUGCAAACUGAUGAUUUGCUGUUGAGUUACAUGUUUUAUUUAACACUGCACUUAAUUCUAGUUUCAAAAGGUAAUAAUAUAGUAACCCCUGUUUAAAAUACUCUUAACCAGUUAAGAACCAUGGAAUCCAGAUACAUUGUACGUUUCCCAGCCAAAGGUUUAAUAUCUUCCUUAGAGAUUUCAACAUAUUUGAAACCAGUUUUCUCAGUUUACGAUCAUAAUUGUGUUAUAGAUCUUCUGGCCGUCAGACUACAAAUGGCUUUUUCUAACAACCAAGGAGGAAGCAGUAUAUUAAGUGGGCUGCUAAAAUUAUGAACACAGAACCAGCAGAAAAAUGCUAUUUAAAUCAUAUGAUGGUUUUGGUUAAGUGCAAAACAGUUUGCCUUUUACAUCUGCCUGUCGCUUUGCCUGUAGAUAAGAGACUCUGCAAAUUGCCGCCUUGCCUGUAAUGGUCUGAAGAACAUUUCAAGUUUGGUUUUGUUUUGACAAGGUUCAUAUUUCAGAAACCGAAAUUGCUGGAAAAAUUCAGCAGGUCUGGCACCAUCUUUGGAGAGAAAGCAAAAUUAAUGGUUUGUGUCUGCAAUAUUAACUGAUUUCUCUCCACAAAUGUUGUCAGACCUGUUGAGUUUUUCCAGCAAUUUCUGUUUUUGUUUCUGAUUUCAAGCAUCCACGGUUCUUUGUAUUUUUCCCCCAAGGAAAUGCCUUAAUUCAAAUUUAGACUCCGUGAUACAAGGUGUAACUCUGUAUCCAGAAUCUUCCACUCUGAAAUUUUUCAUGCCUGAUUAUUCAAGUGUACUUUUACUGAGUGACAAUACCAAGUCUCUCAAUUCAGAUAACCGUAUGUGCAUAUCUACAACGCAUCUGAAAUCUAUUGCUCGUAAUAUCGUUACAUUUCUGAUAUAUCACACUCAAUAAAAGCUUUAUAACGGAGAAAUUCAACUUCAGGAAAAAAAAACGUAUCUGUCAGAAUAACUCAGGUCUAAGUUGAAAUCUAAAUAUGCUGCUUACACAGGAAGAAAGCAAUACUUACAAUUGAGCUGUGCAUUACAAACUUCUACAGAAUGCUGUCCACUGAACUGAAUAAACCGUCUGACUGCCACAAAACUCAUUUGUGUAGAUAACAAUAAACUUGCUUAACUAGCAAUUAAUUCCAUGGAUCUUUCAGAGCAAUAAUUCCUUAUGACUUUGAGUGUAUUCUAAUGAGGUGUUACUUGAUGCUCCCAUUUGUUACAUGCAUGUUAGUUUGAAAUUUUGUUUGUGAUUACCCAAUUAUAAAAGUAUAAAAUACAGGCACGGAUUAAAUUCUAUAACCUUUUGGUGAUUAUCUUCUAACCUGACUGUUCAACUUUUCUGUUAUCAGAGCAGACAUAGCUUUACCAGCUGGUGUAAUUGAGCAGAUUACAGAAAAACUAGAAAUGUAGAAUUUAAACUGCGUUUGCUAUUAUCUUUAUUCAUUAAUUUUUUUAGUUGUGAUUUAGAAACCAUCUUCCUGAACGCUAUAAUUUUGAAUAUUGAUCUUUAAAAUAAAAGUGAUAGAACAAUGGCUUCACUUUCUGCAUAACUGGAGCAAAGCAGCAUUGAUCUGACCUCCAAGCACAAGUGUUUUCAUGUUGCUUACUUAGUUUAAGAAUAAUUAAAAUUAAUCAUUUAUUUAAAUAGUUGGCUUUAAAUGCAGUGUACAAUUCCAGUUAUGAAACAUUCCAUUAAAAUGUUCAAUGUAAAAAGAUGAUAUUUUAUGAUUUAUACAUUACAAGAUAAUAUGCACUACUGCCUAAUGGCCAAAAAUAUAUUUCCAGCCAAUGUGUACUACCUGUAGAAUGGUAUUAAAGUAAUGAUUUGGCUCUAGUGAUUGAUUUAUGUAUGUCAGUUCAAACCGACACUUUGUGCCUUUUGUAUGUAAACUGCUCUGUACCCAUAGUGUUGGCUAUUUAUAGCUAUUCUUUUAAACCAAAAUAUUGGAAUCUUAUUUGACGACGUUGAUUUUUCAAUGUUGUCUGCCUUGUCAAACGGUGUAAAAUAAAUCUUCCUAAAGAGUU